AUGAUGAGAAUACAGCGCUUUUCGCUCCUCGCAGCACUGCUCUUGUGCCUGCAAUCCAUUCCCGCCGUUCUGGCUCAGACAUCAGGCACCGACUCUCCUACAUCCGCUCCUUCACCUCAAUUCAGCGCUGUUGCCACGGGUGACAUGACCCCGCGUCCCGCUCCUACGACAAGUACCAUCGCGCCAACGGUGGAGAAUGGCGACGAAAAGGUCUUUUUCUCAAUGGAGUACGGGUUCGUCGAUGGCACUGCUCGCGAGCCAACUCAAGCCGAGUACGAAGAACUGCUAUGUAUCACCAACAUGUACAUGCAAGGCAAGGUACAAGACUACGUGGUUUCCGAGUUCAACGAAACGCGUCCCGUACAAGUCUUUGCGACCAACAUUGACUGGGAGUACAAGAGUGGUGCCAACGAAUCCCUCAAUGUCAAGAUUACCUACACGUGCGAUGCUUCCUACGCCGUCAGUCGAUUCCAGAGAAUACCCAAGGAAAUCGUCUUUGAAGCGUUUGCCUUGACGGAUGAACAAGUCGCCGCGUACAUUACCGAUUGGGUCUGGAUGGCCAAUUCCCGCAAUGUCUUUUACAACACGACGCGCGUCAACUACAAUGUUCGACGAGAAGAACACGUCACACCGGGAAAACUCAAGGAAGUCCUCAACUGUUAUCAGACCCGUCAUCCCACGCUUCCUCCCAUUGUCACUACGGCUCCCACCAUUGCACCCUCUGCCUCCUUUAGUCCUUCUGCCGUGCCCACGGUCUCCUCGCAUCCUUCCUCCGCACCCUCCAUCAGCAUGGCGCCUUCCACCAGUGCGGCUCCCACCGUAUCUCCCGCUCCCACUGUUUCUCCCGCUCCCACGGUCAGCAUGGCGCCCACGGUCACACAAACCAUUGAAGCGACCGCCGUCAGCGAAAUGGUCUACUUUCGCAUGGACAUGGAAUUGGAGGGACAGCAAGAACCUACAGAAGACGACUUUUCAACACUCAUGUGUCAAGUCAAUCAGUUCUUUGAACGACAAGUGCAGCAGCUGGACAAUACUCCCGUCAAGUCCGUCGCCACCAACAUUCUCUGGUACUCUGCCACGUCCAGCACCAAUGCCGGGAUUACCGUCCUCUUUACUUCCGAUACCGUCUACCGGGCCACACAAGAAACAGUCCCCAUGUCGGUCCUUGUGGCUGCCGUGGAUGGCCAAGACGAAGCACUGUUGCAAUUCUUGACGGAGAAUCGUGGUAAUAGUGAUCAACGCGUCGGUGGCGGACUUCGUCUUUCCCCCGACGGUGGUCUUCGGGCCACGGGUCUAGGCGGCGAUUCACUUGCAUCGGACUUGACCAGUAUUUCUCUAGAGGCACUGCCCGAAGGAACACCCGUUCGCAAAGGACGACUCGAUGUGGCCGCCUGUCCCAAUCGCGAUGCCACCCUCCCACCUUCCACUUCCACCGCUCCCACGGUGUCUCCCGCUCCCACCGUAUCCCCGGAACCCUCUCGUCUGGGUGGAGGACUCAACGAUCCAAAUGGUAAUGGCAAUGGCAAUGAUCCCAAUAAUAAUGGAAACGGCAACGCGGAUCCCAAUGGCAAUGGCAGUGAUCCUAAUGGCAACAAUGGCAGUGACCCCAACGGAAACAACAGCAAUGGUCCCAAUGGAAACAACAGCAAUGACCCCAAUGGCAAUGGCUUUCCUCCUUCCGCCUUGCCCAUUGAAAUCAAAUUUAUGGUCUCCAACCUCCAGUUCAUCACCGAAGCCGAUGAGAUUAUCAACAGUGGUCUUGACAAGUCAUUUCCCACGUUUGUCCAAGGUGUGGUCGAGUCGGUUGCCGACCAACAAUCGCAAACACGAAGACUCCGCGGUACUCGUCGUCGGUUCUUGCAGGCGCAAGCACCAGUCUUGACUCCUGGAUCGGCAGACGUCUACCAAGCCGAACGCACCGACUGUGGUCCUCACGUGCAUCCCGAUUUGACCUGUCAUGAUGUCAAGGCACGGUACUCGGUCGACUUGCCCAACGACAAUGACAAUGAUACCAAUGACGCUGAGGUGCGACGCGUCUACCAAGUGGCCACGUUGGAGGGUAUGAACGAUGGAACCUUUUAUGGUGUCUUGAAGGAACAAGAACCCGAGACACCCAUCUUUAUCGGAACCAUUCCUGACCCCGAAGCCAUGGGCAAUGGCAAGAGUGGCGUCGAUGCGCUUACUACUCGAGAUUGGAUCUUGAUUGUGGCCGUCAUUUUGUUGUCCAUCCUCUGCUGCUGUCUGCUCUGCUGUCUCGCGUAUUAUUGCUGGGAUCGUCGCCGCGACGAAAUGGACAAGCGACAGCGGGAUGCCGAAUACGACGACUACGACCGUGCCAUGGUCGAACAAGAAGAAGAACUCUUGGAAGAGUUUGAAGAAGACAGUCAAGCUCCCAAGCAACAGCAGGCCAACAAUACCCGUGGUCUCGAUAUCCCGGACGACGUUGAAAAGCCUCAUCCUGAUACCAGUGAUUCCACCGGGGAAGAAGAAGAAGAAGAGGACCAGGAGGAGAUGUGGGAUGAAGGAGAUCCCGAGAAACUCGAACUGGUCAUUUAUGAUCCUUCUGCAUCCAACAAGAAGAACCCCAAGCAAGAAGAAGAGGAUGGUGCUCUAGUCCCGUAUGGACGCCGCAAACCCAAGCGAAGAAACUCCACCAAGGACGUUUUGAAUGACGACGACGACGAUGAGGAGGAUGUUGAGGAACACGAAUUGUGGAUCGUCGACAUGGAAGAGAAGAAUGCCAGACAUGGAUCUUCUCGGGGUUCCCUUGGAAUCGAUUAA